CCCUUGCUUAACCCUUGCUAGCCUCUCCUUGCCCCGACAAACAAAUUCUAUUUCGCAUUAACAUACAAGGAAAGCAGACAAAUGCUCGCAAGCCUGCGCAGCGUGCGCGUUGGUUUCGCAGCGACACGGCCAGCCUUCGCUCGGCGAGGCGUGGCUCUCCGGCCGCGCGCAGCAGGAGAGGACCUGCCCCCUGCCACCAGAAUCACUGCUGAGGACGCCUGCAAGCUUCUGGACGUGGGCCCGAACGCGAGCUUUGAGGAAAUCCUGCAACAAAAGAACCGCAAGCUCGCGCAGGCCGAUGGCGAUGUGGACAAGGUGGUGGAGAUUGAGGCCGCAUACGACAUCCUGUUCAUGCGCUCCAUGAAAAAGCGGAUCACCGGCGAGCUGGAGGUCUCAACGGCGGUGCGCUACGCGGACGUGCCCACGCAACGCAAGGCCUCGCCCAAACCGCCGGCGAUGGGCGGCAUGGCGGGCAUGGCCUCCAAGGUGUCGGCGCCCAAGCUGCCGGCGGGCGGGCUGCCGGUGGGCUUCGCGGUGCCCACCAACCAGCAGGUGGUGCUGACGCAGGCGGGCGUGUUCAGUGGCGUGGCACUGUGGGCGCUGGCGCAGGCUGUCCUGGAGUCGCAGGACGCACAGCUGGCCGACACUGCGGGUCUGCAGCUGUCACUGGCGCUGGGCUAUGCCGUGUACAGCCUACGGGAAAACAAGAAGAUGGGCCUAGGCAAGGCUGUGGCGCUGGUGUUCGGCUGCCUGUUCGCGGGCGCCAUGCUGGGCACAGGGCUGGAGAGCUGGCUGCGGGUGGACAUCGUGCCCAUCGGGAACUUCGGCUCGCCCGGCGUGUUUGUGGCGGAGGUGGUCAUCUUGCUGGUAGCGCUGGGGGCUAUCUUCCUGGUUUGAUGAGGCGUGGUGUGAGGUGCGGCUGGGUGACGCGCUAGUGACGCGUAGCCCCCGGGCGCUGCACCCCGGCCAGAGGUUUAUGUGCUUCGAUUUCGAGAGUUGCCCCUCCAUGCUCGGCACGUGCUUGAGAAGUGCUGUACAGCUCUAGGGCUUGAGUGCUCCAGUCGGUAGCGGUAUGGCGUCGCAGCGCAGCCAUUGCAGCUGCGCGCCGCCGUGUAUAUUUACGGUUUGCAUGGUGUCCCCCGCAAGAGAGUACGACCAGGAAACGGAACGCGGACGUGAGAACAAGAGUUGUUUGCUUGGCUUAUUUUCAGGGCCGCGAGGAAUACUGGUUGGCAACGGUGAUACCGCCGGCCGCAGGCGGCACAAGGCAUGGUGUUGAUGCACGCACCAACGUGUUGGCUUUUAUUGGUUCCGGCGCAGGCAAAGUUUUUGGUGUGGAGGUGCGGCGGCGUGCUGCACGUCACCCCCGCUGCGCCGGUGAAGCGUGGUCACUGGGUAACGCAUCAGCAGGGACUUGCUUGAGCGUUGCAGGCCUUCGCUUGGUGCCUGGGCCGCUGACUUGUUUGGCCAGAGGAAGUGGCCAGAGUCGAGCUGUGGAGUGAGUUUAGCUUGAGGAUGCUGGACUGAAGGGACUAGAGUGUCAGGGCCUGGCGACCAACGAGGCGCGCCUGGAGUUCUGGUGGAGCCGUGGAGGACGCCACCUGACGCCACCGGGCGGGCGGGUUCCAGGUGGCCUCAGGCAUCAGGCGGCUUGUGUAAGCACACAGCUAU